ACCGGCCGUACGUAAUACUGCGCCGGCGCAAGUAAUCAGUUCGCUUGCGCCCGUGCAACGUUCCGGUAGCUGCCCGGAUUUUGUUUUAUUUUGUAGACACCAGGUUUAAACGGUUCUGAAGUGUGCCAAUAGUGUGUCGUGCUUUGGUGCAAUCAAGCGUGGCUACAAAUUCAAGGGUUCUCAUACAGUGUGUCUUACAGCCUCGCAGAACUUCCAGUGUUUGGUACUAGAGUUCCACCGACACCGAGGACAUCGAGAUGCUGUCGAGGGUAAUUAGUUUUGAUGAGGUUGUUAAAACAUCAAUCGAAACAUUCCGCAACACGUUCGGUGCCGAGCCGGAGCUGGCCGCCUGUGCCCCCGGCCGGGUCAACCUGAUCGGUGAGCACAUCGACUAUAACGAUGGUUUCGUCCUGCCGAUGGCACUGCAGCUCGGCACGGUGAUCGUCGGGCGGCGCAAUGGGACCGACUCGACCUGCGACGUCGUUACCUGCUCGGACAGCAUCCAGGAGGGCACGAAGCGGGCCCAAUUCGACAGCAGCACCAUCGCGAAAGGAUCGCCCAAAUGGCUUAACUACGUCAAAGGUGUGAUGUUUCAUUUCCGCCAGCCGGUACCGGGCUUCGAUGCGGUCAUCCACACGAACGUCCCCGUGGGCAGCGGGCUGUCCAGCUCGGCUGCCCUCGAGGUCGCCACCCUAACGUUUCUGGAGCAGCUGACGGGGAAACCUGUGCCAAGUAUGUCCGACGGUGCCAAGAUGUGUCAGCGGGCGGAGCAUACGUUCGCGAACGUGCCGUGUGGCAUAAUGGACCAGCUGAUUGCGCUCGGUGGUCGAGCCGAUCAUGCGCUGCUGAUCGAUUGUCGCAAUCUGGAUACGGAACCAAUCCCGUUCGAUGCUCCCGAGCUGGCAAUACUGAUCUGCAACUCCAACGUCAAGCACGAGCUGUCCUCUAGCGAGUACCCGGUACGGCGGCGCCAGUGCCAGGAAGCGCUGGAACUGAUGGGCCUGCACAGCUACAGGGAUGCCACGCUGGAGCAUCUGAAAGCGUUGGAAAAUGCAAACGAGCUGCUGGUGCGCCGAGCCCGGCACGUCAUAACGGAGAUCGAGCGUACGAAGGCGGCCGCCGAAGCGCUUAAGGCGAAGGACUUUACCAAGAUGGGCCAGCUGAUGACGGAAUCGCACAAAUCGCUCAGCGAAGACUUUGACGUGUCCUGCUACGAGCUGGACCUGCUGGUCGAGGCCACCGUUGCGACCCGCGGCGUACUCGGGUCGCGCAUGACCGGCGGCGGGUUCGGUGGCUGCACGGUGACGCUGGUGCAGCGGGCGGCCCUUGCCGACGUGGUGAAGGAGAUGGACACGAUAUAUUCGCGCAAAACGGGCGGCAAGUACCGGGCGCGCUUCUAUCUCGCCCAGCCCGGCAACGGUGCGCGGCCAAUCGAGCUGGGCGAGUAUCUGCGGUAGAGUGUGUGCAACAGGAGGGCGGGAAUAUAGGGAACCAUUCCAUUGUUUAUUAGAGCAUUAUGAAACAAGCGGAAAUAAAUCAAUAAAAGCUUUACCUUA